ACAAUAACUGCAAAGUUUUCCUCCAUUUAGACGCACUUUCUCUCCAUUUUAGAGUCAAAUCAAUGAAAUAUCAGUCGAUAUCUAAACCAUAAAAGUUAUAUUAAGUUAUAUUAAGUGUUUAUAAAUUGUAUAUAAUUUGAAUAUUCAUAGAAAUAUAUUGAAAAUGUUGAGCGCAUUGAAAGAUGUGAUAAACCAGGUGUUCGUGCAGUUUAUGCCGCCUCUGCCCCGCAAGUCCUAUACAUACGAGUGCGACGACGUGUCGAGUCGGUACGCGAUUCGCCUCAAACACGGCACCGAAUGGUUUCACUGUCACCGGUAUCCCGAAAAGUUUGAGGCCUUUUUCGUCGACUCCAAGAGCGGCAACAGAAUAGCCUGUCUUUACGUGAAGGCCUUCGAGAAUCCCAAAUACACGAUACUGUUCAGCCACGGGGGGACAGUCGACUUGGGCAACGUGUGCAACUUUUUCUACACGUUAGCCAAUCGGUUGAAUUGUAAUAUAUUUAGUUACGACUACUCGGGCUUUGGUGAGAGCACUGGUAAGCCGACUGAGAAGAAUGUUUACGGAGACGCCGAGUCGGCCUGGGAGGCGCUCACCACUAAGUAUGGCGUGUCGGCCGAUAAGGUUGUACUCUAUGGCCAGAGUCUCGGCACAGCCGCCAGUGUUUUCUUAGCCAAAAAACAUACGGUUAAGGGAGUGAUACUUCACUCACCCUUCCUAUCGAUUGCCAGAAUAUUCUUACCGGCAAUGCAUGGAGACAGCAGUUCCUCACGAUUUUAUGACUCCUUCACUAAUGUCGAUAACAUCGGUGACAUUGAAACGAAAAUCCUGAUAAUACACGGAACUCGGGACCAAAUCGUGCCCAUAGCUCACGCACAGAGACUACACAAACUGUGCAAAAACCCGGCGCCUCCACUAUGGGUGGAGGGCGGCGGUCACGACAACCUCUACACCUUCGAGGAGUACUUGAAUCGGCUCAAGAAAUUCGUCGACUUCGACGUCAAAUAAUGAUUAAAUUGUUUAGUGAUUUAAUUGUAAGGUUUUCCACACUUAAAGAAAUGAAAUAUUUUAUACAAACAUCUAAACAAUGAUCACAUAAAUUAAGUGUUUCUUUUACUAAUGAUAUCAAAUGGGAUCUGAUUUACAUUCAAAUACAUUUUAUACACAUUUUACACGUUUUGUUGUCUCGAUAAAAAUGAUGGGAAAAACAAAUUCAAUGACAAGUGGUUUGCGA